AUACUUUGUACGUUUCAUUUCUCAGAAUAGACAUUCAAAAUGUCAUACACACAACCAAAGGUUAAAUUAAGGCUCUGUGAGCACCUGCGCGUCCAGGCUCCUCACCUGUUCACUCGCGCCUCUUCAACUAUUAUGGAUCCUUCUUUACCUAUGCGCCAUCAAUUCAAUCAAGUGCCAGGAAUUCCGAAUUUUCCAUCUGAUACACCGUAUACAUCAUCUAAUCAGGUGGCAGUACCUACCCCUGAUCAACUUUAUGACAAUCGCAACAUUGAUCAGUCGAAUACUGCUCAGGCUGACCAACCACUGAAUGUGUUAUGGAGGGGAAAGUUGGCAAGAAACGGAAAAAAACUCAUAGAUUCGAUGGCACUUCACAUAAGUGGCCAGUGUUCAAAUAUCUUGAAUGAGAAAUUGGACGUUAUAAAUAUAACUCACCGUUCAAAAUGGGAAGAUGUUUCUAAGAAUGUGCCAAUAGCAGUGUUUUCAUUGCAAGCGCUGAAUGCUUCCAGGAUGGACUCUUUUACGGAGUACAUAGAUUAUUUCCAAUCUAAAGAUAGGAUCGGUGUCGCUCCAUUGGGAAAUGAUUAUAACAUUUAUAUAUGCGCUCCGGGAAAUCCUCUUUUCGACAAGCACGCCCAGGAAUCUAGUGUACCAAUUUUGAUUGGCAUAGCUGCGUCUACUAAUGCACAGGAUCAGAACACACAAACACAGUCAAAUGUUCGUUCACAACCAGAAAACGUUGGGGACUGGCUUAAUCAGCUUAACACCAUUACGGCGAUGCUAGGAACCAAAAAAUAAAGAUGUUAAAACAAUUCGCUAGAUUUGUACAAGAUUUAGAACAUAACUGAAGUACGCAUCAUAAAUGUGCAUAAAUUAUGAAAGUGAUGGAAACAAGCUAUGAU